CAGCUCAACUAAAAUUGUUUGUAAUUGUGAUAAUCACUGUUUUGGCGGUUGUUUACAGUUUCUGUUUUCUUAAAUUUGUAAAUUAGUGUUAUUUUAAACUGUGACCUACGUUGAGAAUUUUUAGUAUUUUUAAAAUAUCAACAAAGAUAUGCAAAAUGUAUGUCAAGUCUCUAGUUUUAGAUGGAUUCAAAUCCUAUGGGAAGAGAGCAGAAAUAAACGGCUUUGAUAGAGAAUUCAACGCUAUCACCGGUUUAAAUGGCAGUGGAAAAUCAAAUAUUUUGGAUGGAAUAUGUUUUGUUUUGGGCAUUUCAGCUCUUGGACAAGUACGAGCAACAUCACUCCAAGAACUGGUCUACAAAUCAGGACAAGCUGGAAUAAAAAAGGCAAGUGUUACAAUCACUUUUGAUAAUACUGAUAAAUCAACAUCACCUAUAGGGUAUGAAAGUUCUGAAGAAAUAACUGUUACUCGACAAAUAGUCAUAAAUGGAAAGAAUAAAUAUUUUAUCAAUGGCACAAGUGUCACCAAUAAAAGAGUCCAAGAUAUGUUUUGUUCAGUCCAACUAAAUGUCAAUAAUCCUCACUUCUUAAUUAUGCAAGGAAGAAUCACUAAAGUACUAAAUAUGAAGCCAUUGGAAAUUUUAUCUAUGAUUGAAGAAGCGGCAGGCACUAGAAUGUUCGAAGAAAAGAAAGAAGUAGCAAUAAAAACCAUUGAAAAGAAAAAUAAUCGAUUGCAAGAGAUCAACUCCAUUCUUGAAGAAGAUAUUGCUCCAAAAUUGGCCAAGCUGAAAGAAGACAAAGCUCAAUAUAUUGAGUAUCAAAAAGUUCAACGUGAAUUGGAGCACUAUGUGAAAAUUGUCGUAGCUUGGGAUUAUGUUUCAGCAUUAAAAAAUAGUGAGAAAGCUACAGCAAAUGUUGAGAAGGUGAAAAAUGAAAUUUCAGAGAAAAAUGCAGCAAUUGAAGCUGGCAAAGAAGAGAUUGCUUCUAUUGAUACAAAGAUAGAAGAAAUGAAGACAAAGUUGCAUGCUGAAAAACAAGAUAGAUUAGAACAACUUGAGCAAGAAAUAAAGGCUGCUGAGAAGAAAGAAAAUAAAAUGUCUGCUGAAUCGAAUAGUAAUAGGGAGAGUAUUAAAGCAGAAAAGAAAAAUAUUGAUCAACUCAAAAUAAAUAUCACAGAAGAUGAAAAAAUGUUGGAGCAAAAAGAAACAGAACUUCAAAAUGUUGGAGGAAAAUUUGACAAAUUGAAAGAAACUGAACAACAGGAUGCAGCUGCUGUUGUAGCAGCUCAAGAAAAAUUACAAAAAAUCAGUGCUGGUUUGUUAGAAAGUGAUACUGGAGAAAAUGCUACUUUGGAGCAACAGUUAAUUAAUGUAAAACAUUUAGUAUCUCAAGCACAAACUGAAAUCAAACAAUGUGAAAUGGCAUUAAAUCAUAAUCGUGAUUUAUUAAAGAAAAAACAAAAAGAAGCUCAAAUGACUGAUAAUGAUUACAGAAAAGACAAUAGAGAUUUAGAAGAAAAGAAAAAGCAGUUAAAUAUUUUAGAGAACCAAAUGAAAAAUAUUAAUUAUGAAGAUGGUACUUUACAAAGGCUUCAACAAACAAAAAGAACUUUAGUAGAAGAAAUUCAGGUUCUUCAAGAUAAAAUAGAAUCUUUUGUUAUGAAGUAUCCUCGAUUGCGAUUCGAAUAUCAGGAUCCAACACCAAACUUUGAUAGAAAUUCUGUAAAAGGGUUAGCCUGUACUCAGUUUAAUUUGAAAGACAAAAAAGCUGCAUAUGCUCUGGAUGUUGCAGCAGGUGACAGAUUAUAUAAUGUUGUUGUGGAUUCAGAAACAAUAGGUAAAGCUUUGCUUAAAAAAGGACAACUCCAACAACGAGUUACAUUCAUUCCACUUAAUAAAAUUUCUGGAAAAACUAUAGACAAUUCAACUCUACAAUUAGCUCAAAAUUUAGUUGGAAAAGAAAACGUUCAAACUGCCUUGUCUUUUAUUGAAUAUAAUGAGAAUGUAAGCCCAGCAAUGAAAUGGAUUUUUGGACAAACUUUGAUUUGUAAGGAUAUCAAUAUUGCUAAACAAGUAGCAUUCCAUGAAAGAAUAAUGAAAAGAUGUGUUACUCUUGAAGGAGAUACUUGUGAUCCAUCAGGAGUAUUGUCUGGUGGUGCUGCAUCAAAGACUGGUUCGAUUUUACUGCUAAUAGAUGCUUAUAAAUCAUUACAAAAUGAAUUAAAACAUAAAGAAGAAGAAUUGAAAACGAUUGAAAGACAAAUAUCACAAGUUGCUAAAACUGCUGAAAGAUAUUCAGCUGUCAAACAACAAUUUGACUUGAAAACUCAUGAAGUAAAUUUGUUGAAGCAGAAAUUGGAGCAAACAACUUACCACAAGUUACAAGAAGAAAUUAACUCUUUGCAACAAAAGAUUCGAGAAGAUGAAGAAAAGAUGACAGCUGCAAAAAAUACUGAAAAAGAGAAUACAAAACGAUCUAAAGAGUUAGAAAGUCAAUUAAAAGAUUCAGCGAAUAUUCGAGACAAGCAAUUAAAAAAUAUAGAAAAUCAGCUGAAGGUGUUACAGAAAAAAGCAGAAAAUAGUAGAAAGGAGUGGCAAAAAUAUGAACAUAGUGCAGAAACAUUAGAUUUAGAGAUAAAAGAGUUGAAAAAAUCUAUUGAAGCUGGUAAAGAACAACUAGAAAAAGCUCUUGAAAAGUUAAAAAGUUUAGAAGAAAAAGAUAAGAGUUAUGAGGAACAAUUGAUAGCUUCACAAGAAUAUAUAUGUCAGUUGCAAGAAAACUUGAAGACUCACAAGAAUUUGAUUAAUCAACAAAAUAAAGAAAUUCAGAAAUUUAUACAAAGGAAAGAAGAAAUAGCAAAACAGAGAACCGAGUUUGAACUAGAUAUUAAAAAGCUUAAUCAUGAAGUCAAUACGAUAACAAACAGUGCAGCUGAAUGUAAACAAAGAGUAAAAGAAUUAAUUCGUAAACAUCCAUGGAUUGAAGAAGAUGAAGCUUACUUCGGAGAACCAAAUGGAAGAUACGAUUUCCAGAAACAUGAUCCUGCUCAGAUGAUGCAGAAAAAAAUACGUGCAGAAGCUCUUAGAGAUGAAUUAAGUCGAAACGUGAAUGCUCGUGCAAUGAAUUUAUUAACUAAAGAAGAGGAACGUUAUAACGAUAUUGUAAAAAAGAAGAAUAUUGUUUUAGCUGAUAAGAAAAAAAUAUUAGAUACUAUUGCUCGUUUAGAAGAGAAAAAAAAAGAAGUUUUAGUUCAAGCUUGGGAACAAGUUAACCGAGAUUUCGACUCGAUAUUUAGUAGUCUUUUGCCUGGAGCUAAUGCUAAACUCCAAACAACUGACACUAAGAAUGUUCUCGAUGGGUUAGAAGUAAAAGUUGGAUUCUCUGGAGUUUGGAAAGAAUCUCUUGGUGAAUUAUCUGGAGGUCAAAGAUCUCUAGUUGCGUUAUCACUUAUUUUAGCAAUGUUAUUAUUUAAACCUGCUCCUCUUUAUAUUCUUGACGAAGUUGAUGCUGCUCUGGAUCUAUCACAUACUCAAAACAUUGGAACAAUGCUUAAAAGACAUUUUAGACAUUCACAAUUUAUUAUUGUAUCUCUCAAAGAUGGAAUGUUUGAUAAUGCGAAUGUUUUAUUCACUACUCAAUUCGUAGAUGGAAUGUCAACAGUUUCAAGAGCAGAAAAAGUGAAAAAUAAACAUGAUCAUCGAAAAUAAAGUGAAAGUUUAAGUAUUUAAUUGAGUAAUUAUUAUUAAGAAAUAUUUUUGAUUUACAAAAAAAA